GCAUAUUCCUCCAGUAGUUUAGAUGAAAUGUGUUAUAUUGUGUGGUUCCAAACAAAUCAAGUGUCGAUUUGCAGUAUGGAAACAUAUAACCUAGAUUAUGAUUUCAAUGUGUUUUAAAUUCUUGCUGUGUUGUUGCCCCACUUGUGUAUGUGGAAACAGCAGGGGCAUCAUCUCAGACACAAACAAUCACAGGGAAGUUUCUUGUACUCAUUAUGUGCUCAUAGUGCUCUAGCUCAAGCGGCAGAUUUUACCAAAUGCAAUCUAACACUGACUUAAGUAUACCCGUUUCAGAACGGAAAAUCCAAUUGCCAAAAUAUGCACGGCUGCUUCUGCCUAAGAACAUUGUGGUUGCAGCUCCAAAACCCUAUUGGAGAGUUAGCACUCAGCUUUUUUUGUGAUCUUUAGUUUAGGCGAGGUAGUGUACCUUGUGGCUUCAGCUGGUGUUGGUUUGUGUUAGAUUUACUGAAAGCGUGUCUGUGCGUACCAGAGGAAUAGUGGGCGUUUUGCUUGACGUUUAAAGAUAAAUAGAUAGAUAAAUAAAUAAAUCUGAUCUCAUUUUUCUUACGAUGUGCCUACUCUGCUCUUGUAGUUUCAGUGCGGCUCUUCCUGCCCUUUGCUGCGACUCCUCUGUGUUCAGUGUUCACGCUAAGUUCUGUUUAAGUUGGUCUCCACCCACUCGUGCUGCGCUAGUGUAAAAUCAAAGCAACCUCGUCCAUAGCGAUCAGCUCACUGACACAAAGACAAACUGACAGACAGCCGGACAGAACACGCUUUAUCAGCAUGGAUGUCUCAGAGGAGGACGACUACUACUACCAUGACAACAUCAGCUUCAACUUCAGCUAUGAUGAAUAUCCUGCCCUGUGUGAGAAGGGUGACAUCCGGUCCUUCGCAGCCCUGUUCCUCCCCAUCAUGUACACUGUGUGCCUUCUGGCAGGGCUGGCUGGAAAUGCUUUAGUCGUGGCCGUAUACGCCUACCACAAACGCCUGAAGACCAUGACAGAUGCUUUCCUGAGCCACCUGGCUGUGGCUGACCUGCUCCUGCUUUUCACGCUGCCUUUCUGGGCAGCUGAUGCUGCGAGGGGCUGGGAGCUGGGGGAGGUCAUCUGUAAGAUCAUGUCGGCGUGCUACUCUGUGAAUUUCACCUGUUGCAUGUUGCUGCUGGCCUGCAUCAGUUUGGACCGUUACUUAGCGUUAGCCAGAGUGCAAGGUAAAGGUAAAAGUGGGCAGCUGCAGAGGGUGUUCUCCAGGAGACACUGCUGGAAGGUGUGUUUAGUUGUGUGGGUGACAGCUUUCCUCCUUGGUCUUCCUGAUUUAAUACUGUCAGAAGUGAGGUGGGCGUCUAACAGGAACAUCUGCCUAGCUAUCUAUCCUCCCUCUAUGGGUCAAGGUGGUAAAGCUGCCCUGGAGGUAGCUGAGGUGUUGCUGGGAUUCCUGCUUCCUCUCCUGGUCAUGGUGAUCUGUUACUGUAGUGUGGGCAGAGCGCUAAACGGCCUCCCUAUACAGAGACGAGGCAGGAAGUGGAAAGCUCUGCGUGUUCUUCUAAUAGUCGUGGGGGUGUUUGUGGUCACUCAGCUGCCAUAUAACGUGUUGAAGGUGUACCGCGCGAUGGAUUCAGUCUACUCGUUAGUGACUCACUGCGGGACAAGUAAAGUGCUGGAUCAGGCUGCUCAAGUGACAGAGAGUCUGGCCCUCACUCACUGCUGCCUCAACCCGAUCCUCUAUGCCUUUGUGGGGUCUUCGUUCAGGCAGCACAUGAUGAAAGUGGCCAAGAAGUUUGGAGAGAAGCGAAGGAAGAGGAGCAGAAGAAGGGAAACUCAUGCAGAAGUGUUGGGGAUGGAGAUGUCUUGUAACUCUCACAGUGCAACCCAAGAGACAAACACAUUCUCAGUCUGAGUUAUGAUUAAUACACCACAGUAAAAGUCACCCAGUCACAUAUGUGGCACAACAGAGGUUAGUUAUUCUUUGGUGUAGUAUUGUUGAGGAAAAGGCAGCAGUAGCACGUUUGGAAGUCAUUAAGUCGUAUAAAAAAUGUUUUUCUAUUAAAGCUGACUUUCAUAGAAAAUAUUCUUGUUUACUUUCAAACAGCAGUCACAUUUCUCUCUGCUGUGAGUGUUGAAAGAAAAAAGGGGUUUGCAUCCAGAUCAAGAAAAAGAAUCGGGUUCAUUUUUAACAGUAAAUAUGGCAAUAAGCACUGUAAGCUUAACCCUUUACGCUUCAGGGCGUCGUAGGUGUACCGCCGGUGGUACACUUACUAAUUUGCAUAGGAAUUUCAAGAAUGUCCGACGGCUGCAAACCCGAUUAUACAAACACUAUAUGCCGAUGGAAAGCUUAGAUUCUCAUGAAUCCGCCGGUAUAAACCACUUUCAGAUGUGAUUACCACAGCGGGUGAGAAAAACACAUUUGUCCGACAAAAACAAAUAUUCAUCCAUCCGUUCUCUAUACACGGCUUCAACGCACACAGCGCGACUCACAUUUCCGGGUUCAUUAUUACACACAGAAAAAAAGAUUCCACAAAAAACGGCCAUAAUCCAACCUUUUACAUCCAGACAACACAAGCCAGUAAACUAUUUUGUCCAAAACAUGUCCUGAAGUCGGUAUAAAAUCCACGAAUCGGUCGUUUUCAAGGAAAUGCACCUCGCGAUGUGCGUCCAAUAUUCCCUGUAUUUUUCGUCAUUUUUUUAAUUUAAAAAUAGAAUAUUAGCGAUUUUUUGUACUGAAAACGGCUGGAAUUGACUGAAGCUUAAAGGGUUAAACUUCAAUAUGAAUAUUUUGAGAUAAUGUUUGUGAUUUUCAAGAGCUAUAGCCCAAAAUCAUCCAUAGUAAAAAUCAAAAAAUGGUCCACUUGGAAUGAAUCUAGAAUAUAUUCAAUUUUCAGUUUCUUAAAUAACUGAUGGAAAAUUAUAAACUUUCUUCACUAUAUUCUAAUUCUUGGAGAUGUGCUAGUAUGUUGGCAUCUGACCCAAAAAUCUGGUAAAGAUCUGCAUUGAAAACUAUGUAGCAGCUGGAGCUCUUCUCUGUUGAAAAACAAAUCUUUCACUGCAAGUUGUGCUUGUUUAAUUAUAUCAGCCUGAUGUUACACAUCUGUGUAAACCAGAUGCUCAUUCCUGCACCUAUCAAUCAGUGAGUGAACACUGAUCCUCUGAUAUUGUUCCAGUUGAACUAUGUGCUCUCUGAUCUUGCGUUUUCUGUCUCAGCUCAAGAUUACUGUGACUUUCUGAAAAUUAAAAGAUAACGGAUAUCAAACCAUCCACACAAAAGCUUUUACAUCCAGUGGGAUUUAGCUGAAUUUGAUGUGGGAAAACAACAUUUGCAGUUUCCACGAAUUCCUCAGAGCAUCUGACACUCAGACUUUAUGGACAUGCACGCCUGAGUUUCCUCACAACAGACUGAAACGUCUAGUAAUUUUUUUAAUGUAACGAUAAAAUGUUGAUAAUCAGAUUUUAUCAAAACAGAUGUUUUUAAUACUGAUUAAAGGUAACUUAGAAAACAUUUACUGUGAGUAAAUGUUUUCUAAGUCACCUUUAAUGUGUAGCUGCACAGAGGGAGCAAUGGACAUUUAGAGUUGUAGUCCAGUAUUAGCCUUACUCUGACAGACGUUAACAGCACUGUGUGAUUAUCAUUUGUUUUCCAAAUAGUUUUUUAUUUUAUACCUGUAUCAUAUGGUUUGUUGUGUCAUUAAUCUCUCUGAUAAAACAUAUCAGCAGGUGUUUACACUUUAUGAGUUAUCCAAGGAAUUUUUUUUAUAUUUUCUGUUUUUGUUCCAUGUCCCAGCUGGUAUACAGAUCAGGUGAUGGUUUAUGCUGCAAGGUCAUUCUCUGGCACGCAUGCUGUCAUAUGGAAACCAUCUGACUUAACUUUACCAUCUGUUCACAGAGGAAAACACUUUACCCAGCCAAAAAAACGAAAGAAAAGGUCUGAAUCCAGUGAUCAGCUGUCAGAUCAUGUAUGAUAAUACUUCCUUCUGUAAACUUUAAGACAACUUUGAAAUCUGAAAUCCUGAAACUUUAGUACAUGCUGAAAUGAUU